AUGUCACAAGCUAGUAAGGAAAGUGCCAAGAAUCUAGUGAGAUUGCUAGAAAAGUUUCCAAAGGAAAGAGUGAAACAUUUAAUUUCAUUUAGAGAAACACAACUUGAUAGAUUCAAGCCUCUUGCUGGUAUUGAGACGGCUAAAUCUUCUGAACAAACAAAGCCAUCACUUUCGGAGAUCAAGGAUAUUAUCAACAGAACAUCAGGACCAUUGGGUUUGAAAAAAGAUUUAUUAAAGAAGGUUCAAGAAGCUUUACCAGAAGAGCACUUCAAUGAGGUUGAAAUUCAGGAACAAAUCAACUCACUAAACGCUAUAAUGAGCAACAAAUAUAAAACUUACUAUGCCGUAGGAGACAAAUUAUACAAGCCAGCCGGAAAUCCAAAUUACUACCAAAGAUUAGAUGAUGAAAUUGCAGGUAAAAACAAAGAAACUCUAUUCACUGCAAUGAGAACUGUCGUGUUUGGUAAAUAG